ACCCAAAAAUGAAACAACUGACCCUUUCUAAUCGCUUUCCAGUCAGUCAAGCGGUUUCAAUGGUAAAAAGCAGAGAGGCGCAAUAGCUGGUGGAAGGAACUGGAAGUGGAACAUGGGAAACUCUCUCUCACUCGCAGCUUUUCACUUCUACUUCUAGUGCCAACAAGGUUUUAACUUCGAAUUCAAGUGAAAAUUUUGAACAGGGAGUUGCGUUGUUUUGUUGAGGAAGACACGACACAGUAGAGAGAAUGGAGCGUAGUUUGUGGGGUCACUUGCCGCUAUUGACGAGGUCGAAUUCGAAAGAGUCAGUAGAAUACAUUCUCCAAGCCCUCUGGAGAACACGCAAGACCGGUCUCGACGCCGCCGACCGCGACAUCGUCCGCGACAUGCUCCAGCUUGAGAACGAUUCCGACAUCGACCCUCUUUUGGCAUGUCUUCGCAUGUUGAUCCGUAGGUUUGUUUACAAGAAUGUCAGCGAGGUUGACAUUCAUAAACUGUUUCCCACUGAAGUAUUGCCUGAACUACAAAGACUACUGACGCUUCUGCUACAAAAGUUUCAACUAGAAUGGCGGGACGAUUUACUCAAGGAUCAGGUUACUUUGCCCCGGUUGAAGGCAAUGACAUGGGAUAUGGCAAAUCAGGAUGCUGAAUCAGUAGACCCUGUGGCUGUUAUCAAUUUGAAGCUUCAAAAUGAUGCACAGUCUCACUCGGGAGAAUUGGAUGUGAAGUUUCAAUUAGCUCAAGAUACUCUAGAGACAAUGCUGCGUUCCAUGUACUCUAUAAGAGACCAGUUGUCUAACAUGAUGAGACCUCAACCAGGCAUUUAUCCCAAGAAACCAAUGUGGUGUAGUUUAUGAUAUGCGUGAGAUACUGCGACUCUUGGCCCCAUGGACAGCAGCCUCACCCAUACUCUCAAGGUUUUUCUCUCCCCCCAUAGGCAGCAGAGAGAGCGCGUCAAAUAGGACCUCUCUUGCAUGUGGUCUCUUGGCUCCAUGGGCAUCAACCUCACCCACACACAA